AUGACAUCUUCUUCUCCAGCAGACAGCAGCAGCUUUCUCCAAUAUAUUCCCCAAUGCAUUACAGCUGAGGAUAAUCAACAGUUAGAAGCAAUUCCUACUGAGAAAGAAAUUCAUUCAGCUUUGAUGACAAUGGAGCCAUGGACUUCACCUGGUCCAGACGGCUUCCCCCCUGGCUUUUAUCAAACGCAAUGGAAAACUGUGAAGGAUAACGUCUGCAAACUGGUUAAAUCAUUCUUCCACUCAGGGAAGAUUGAUUUCGUAAAACAUAUGUUUAGUACAGGAAAUUGUACAAGCAAUGAAGAGAAAAGAAGACAGCUCAUCUCUCAGUGUAUCUCUACCAAACAAAUAGAAGUCAUGCUCAAUGGUUCACCAACAUCAGCUUUCAAGCCAUCCCGCGGUAUACGUCAAGGUGACCCAUUGUCACCAUAUUUGUUUAUCUUAGCAGUGGAAUCCUUCUCAAGGUAUUUAGCGCACUGUGAAAAUUCUGGUCAGUUAACUGGUAUCAAGAACUCUCGCUCAGCACCAAAAAUAAAUCAUCUGUUAUUCGCAUAUGAUUGCUUAUUGUUCUGUAAAGAUAACGACACUCAAGUUAACAAGCUCCUCCAAGUUAUUGAUCAAUUUUAUAAAUGUUCUGGGCAGUUGAUAAAUUUCAACAAAUCUGCAAUUUACUUCAGCUCCAAUAUGGAUCCAGAGUCAUGUCAGCCCAUCAGUGGUGCUUUACAAGUUCGUUACUUGAAUAUCUCAAAAUAA